AUGGAGAAAGCACUUACUUUGGGUCAUCAGAAAGCAAUAGAGGCAGAUACCAUACUCAAAAAACUUAAUCUUCAGCCUGAGGCCUUCCCCAUCCCCAAGGGCCUCCCUAGCCCUAGCAGAGACCAUGUGAAGCUCCUCCUGCCUGACCUGACAGAGGUCACAGGCCUUCUCAUGCUGAAAACACCCCUGGCUGACCCUACCAUUAAACUCCCGAUUGAUCAGGGACCGCCGGCACACCCGUUGUUGGAGAUACUCGUGGAAGAGCUGUUCUUCGAGAUCUGCUGGUUCUGGGAAUUGCCCAGGCUCAAGGGGGGAUGA